AUGGCAUCACGCAAUCCGUCAAAGCGCCCCUUCAGCGAUGAGGCCCAAAAGUAUCCAAAGCUUUGCCCAGGCGGCGGUCUCUUGAUAGCGUGGCAACUCAAAGGCAAGAAGGUCCUCAUCGUUGGUGGAGGGCCCGUAGCAGCAGGCCGACUCGUCAACGUCCUCGACGCGGACGCCAUUCUCGACGUCAUGUGUCCCUCCUCCGGCCUAUGCGACGAAAUGCGUUAUCGCAUCUACACCGAAAAGGUGGUCACCAACUACAUCGAUGGAUCCUACGACCAAGCUCAUCCCGAAAUCCUCGACCGAUACGACAUGGUCCUUACCGCAAUCGACGACGUCGAACUCUCCAAAAAGAUCUGCUGUGAAUGCAGAUCGCGGCGUAUCCCAGUCAACGUCGCAGACGUCCCGCCCGAAUGUGACUUCUACUUUGGCUCCCUCAUCCGCAACGGUCCUCUCCAAGUAAUGGUCUCCACCGGUGGUCAAGGCCCCAAAAUCGCCUCACAGACUCGUCAAAAAAUCCAAGCAGCUAUCCCAAAGAACGUCGGCCAGGCAAUCACAAACGUCGGCAAACUCAGAGCGAUGCUGAGAAAGCGCGCACCAAGUGCGGAAAUUGGUGCUAGGAGGAUGAGAUGGAUGAUCGAGGUUUGUGACAAGUGGAAUCUGGAUGAGAUCUGUACAAUGACAGAGGGGGAUAUGAACAAGAUUUUGGACGGGUGGGAGACAGGUUACGUGCCAAGUUACAAGGAGGUGAAAGGUGGAUUGCCCUUCUUGCCAUCAGAUGUAAGGAUGAAGAAGGCCUUGUUCGGAACAUGUCCUGUGGUAGGCUACCCAAGUCCGUACUUGACAGGUUUUUCAGGUCUGCUGUUGGGCGCUGCAGUCUCGUCUGCAGUCUUCUUGGCAAGGGGUGUUCAACGCUCAACAUAG